GCAGCAUUCAUGGUGAUAUUCGGAAUCAGCAUCGUCGACUACCUAUAGUCCACUCGGUUUCGUUGAAAAAGCGAUUUAUCAGUUGGGGUGCUUCCCUCGUGAGUUGCAAACAGUUAUGAUAGUCUUCUAUCUAAUUUCUUCUUUUUGAAAACGGAUAAAUAACGGAAUAUCACAAAGUAGAGUAACGUUUUUGUUAAUAUCUGUCUGAAAUAAAGACAUUACAUUGAUUAUCUUUCAUACUAUAAAUGGAAAAUAGAUACUUUGAGUAGAAAAAAGAAAAAAUAGUUCGUAAUUUUCUUUCAUCUGUUGUAGUUAAUGUAAGAAACGGAUCUAGAUAACCAAAUGAUUAUCGGUUAUGCCUUAGACGAAUAUUAAACAAAUAAUUCACGUUGAUUUGAUAAAGAUGCAAUAGCAUGUGAAAGUGAACUUCAAAUAGGAGUUGAUAGAUUCGAGAGAGAAUAAACGAUUAGUUUACUUAACUGAUUUAUUCUCUUUCUUAUGCUUUCGACGGAGAUUAUGUGAAAUACGUGAUAGGUAAUAAAAAAAAGUAGUCUUCUUUCUUUUCUUCUUGUCAUAUAUAAUGCGUUUUUCUAUCGAACAGGUGUGAUUUGAUAUUUUUUUGUUUUUUCUUCUGUCUUACCCGUAUGCAUUAAUUGAGUUAAUAUAACUUUUAAAGCUUAACUAUAUAAAUGCGUUAAUACUCCUCUAGUCUUUCGGAAAAAAGUAAUAUUCUCCUUCAUUAAAACGUUUACUUUGAUUGUUAUUGUCUUGUGUCUCUUUUAGAGAUGUCACCUCGUUUAUAUUGGCUAAUUUAUCGACGCCGAAAUAAACUAAUUUUACUAGUAGCAGUUGUGUUUUGUAUUGGAUUUGGAUAUUUUCAUAAUGAAAAUAAUAAACGAGAACGUCGUGACGUAAAAAUUACUGAAAAAAAAGAGUUUAUUAAGGGUACAAUAACUGUACCUGUCGAUAAUAAGGUGUAUAAAAAAUCCCGUAUUACAGCUGAAAAUUAUCAACCACCGCCGCCAUGUAACGGGUGUCCGGGCGAAAUGGGAAGAGGUGUCUCAUUAACCGCUGAAGAAUCGAAAGAUUUAGAUGCAGUAAUGAAAAAAGAAUUUUUUAAUUUAAAAGCAAGUGAUAAAGUAUCGUUAUGGAGAACAAUACCCGACACACGAGAUGGCCAAUGUAAAUCAAUCAAUUAUCCGCCUGAUAUGCCCACUGCCAGCGUCGUUAUUGUGUUUAAAAAUGAAAGAUGGUCACCAGUACUACGAACAGUUUACAGUGUUAUUAAUCGUUCACCGAGACAUUUACUAAAAGAAGUUAUCCUAGUUGAUGAUCAAUCAGAUAUUGAGGAAAUGGGUAAACGUUUAGAUGAUUAUUGUGAAGAAAAUUUUGGUGAUUUAGUGAAAAUAUUACGUGCACCAUCAAGGCUAGGAUUGAUAAAAGCAAAAAAUUAUGGUGGAAAAACGGCGGUGGGUGAUGUUAUCAUUUUCUUAGAUGCACAUUGUGAAGCAAAUCAAGGAUGGUUAGAACCUAUUCUAUAUCGUAUAAAAACGAAAAGAUCAGCUAUUUUAUGUCCAGGCAUUGAUAUGAUUAGUGAUCACGAUAUGAGUUAUGGUGGAACAGGGGAUGGAAGUGUUGGCGGUUUUUGGUGGUCUCUUCAUUUUAAUUGGAUACCAAUACCAAAGCGAACAAGAGAUGCACAAAAAUCACGUGUAGACCCAUACCCAUCACCUACAAUGGCUGGAGGAUUACUUGCAGCAGAUCGGAAAUAUUUUUUUGAAAUCGGAGGAUAUGACGAUGAUAUGGAAGUUUGGGGUGGAGAAAAUUUAGAAAUAUCGUUUCGAGUUUGGAUGUGCGGUGGAAGUCUUGAAUUUGUUCCAUGUUCUCGAGUUGGUCAUAUUUUUCGACCCGGUCACCCAUACAACAUGACCGGAGAGAAAGGAAAAGGCGAUGUUCAUGGAAGAAAUUCAAUGCGUUUAGCCGAAGUAUGGAUGGACGAUUACAAACGAUUUUAUUAUAUGCAUCGUCGAGAUCUUAAGGGAAAAGAUUACGGUGAUAUUUCCGACCGACUAGCUCUACGUAAAAAGCUCAAUUGUCAUAGUUUUAAAUGGUUUUUAGAAAAUAUAUAUCCAGAAAAAUUUGUUCUUGAUGAAAAUGUACAGGGCUAUGGAGAGGUUCGUAAUCCAUCAAGCCUAUUCUGUUUAGAUACAUUAGGAAAAGACGAAAAAGUAACAAUUUCAUUAGCAGUAUUUCAGUGCCAAAAUGGAGCGUCAGCUAAUCAGUAUUUUUCAUUGACAAAUGCUGGACAAUUAAAACGUGAAGAUACAUGUGCUGUUAGUACGGGAAAAGGAAAUGUGAUAAAUAUACAAUUGUCUAACUGUGACUAUAUCGAUAAAAGCCAAAUUUGGACACAUGAAAAGAAUGGACCAAUUGUUCAUCAACCAAGUGGUUUAUGUUUGGAUGUUGAAAAUGUGACAAAUGCUGAAUCAGUACAAUUACGACCAUGUGUAUCGUCUAAACCUACACAACAAUGGAAAUUUGAAAAUUAUCCUAAAUAA